AUGGACAACACGGAUCUGGCAAUCGGUCUGAUCUUCUUAAUAGAGACUACCACUGGAAUCCUGGGUAAUUUCUCACUUCUCUGUCAUUAUAUCAUCCUUUUCAUCACUGAGUAUGAGUGGAGGUCCACAGAUUUCAUUCAUAAGCACCUGAUUGUAGCCAACGUCUUAGCCCUGCUCUGUAAAGGAGUCCCCCAGACUAUGGCAGCAUUUGGGCGGAAAUAUUUCCUCAGUGACCUGGGAUGCAAACUUCUUUCCUUUCUUCACAGAGUGGGGAGGGGAGUGUCCAUUGGGAGCACCUGCCUCUUGACUGUCUUCCAAACCAUCACAAUCAGCCCCAUGAACCCCUGUUGGAAGGAGCUUAAAGUCAAAGCCCCCAAAUAUGUUGGCUUCUCCAUUUACCUCUGUUGGAUCCUGUUCAUGCUUAUAAAUUACAUAAAAAACUUCACAGAGAAAGGAGAUUUGGGGUAUUGUGUCACUCUAGAUCAUGAUACAAUCACCAUUUCCAUAUAUCCAGUGUUGAUAGUAUUUCCUGAAGCUUCAUUUUGUGUGCUCACUAUCUGGACCAGCGGCUGCAUGGUCUUCAUCCUUCACAGACACAAGCAGUGGGUCCAGCACAUUCACAGCACUAAUGUCUCCCCCAGAUCCUCUGCUGAGACCAGAGCCACCCAGAGCAUCCUCAUCCUGGUGAGCACCUUUGUGUCUUUCUACUUCCUCUCCUCCAUCUUUCAUGUUAGCGUUGCUCUUAUUUACAAUCCCAGCUGGUGGCUGGUGAACUUGGCUGCCAUGAUUUCUGUGUGUUUUCCAACUGUCUGA